AUGCCACACUUCUCCACCAACAAUCUCCCCUUUGGAGUGGCAUCAUUCCAGCAUUCUCAACCCCAAUGUGCUACACGCUUCAACAACACCGUCAUCUUCCUAGAGAUUCCUGCCACCGCAGCACGGUCGAACCGCCGAGGACGCAGAGAGCAUAUAUUCAGACUGGUGAUUCUGAACAACUGGAGCGUUAAACAACCCGUGACACCCAAGGUCGGAAAUGGUCCCUCUCGGCCCGCUCAAUGGCAGAGCCUCCGGAACCACCAUCUCCCCCUGAUCGUAACUCUGGAAGUGCUUGCUGAACCCCGCAUCUCCCUACUGAGGCACCUCCAGGGCAUUGUUGACUUCAACUACGCCAUCAGUAUGAAAGUCGAGCUGGAGCAUGGCGCGUCCACGACGCUGCUGAGCGGGUCUCGCACCCAGUAUCUGUUCUGGAGUGGUCGACAGAUGGGUGCGCAUCUCGCCAGCACGGGUGUGACUCACGGGCUAGAGAUAUGCACGGAGACGGCAAGUGGAUCCACGGAGGGGAGCUAUGGAUGUUUGCUUGAAAUCACGCAGGGCGAGAGGGUGCCUUUGGCGUUGUUGUAUGGGUCGCCAAGGCACUUCUGGCAGGAUGGGGAUGCGUCCUCCGGUGUCGGAUUUGGGAGUGCGUUGGUGACCUGA